AUAUAUUGAACAACACGUGUUUUGUAAAUAAAACUGCUUUAUUUAUUCUACCAAGUAGACUCUAUUCGGGAACAGCUAAAAUGAAGACAGGCGUUUUGAGAUCACCGUUUCUUGUAUUUUUUCUUUGUUUCUGGAAUUUUAAUCAAUGUACAGGAAAUGUACAAACUCCGAAGAAAAAAAUCUCGUGGAACGACAUUAUAAACCCGAAUUACAAUCCUAAUAGAAUAUCUCCAUGGGAGUCUAAUAAAACAAAGCCCACCCAAAGACAGCGGUUUCCUACUCCUAUCCACCCAAGUUCAAAUGGGGGAGCAGCUCCAUUGAGACAACGGGCGAACGGAGUGCAGAACAACCAACAACCUACCAAGGUUGUGAAACCUAAACCGAUUGUUUACGAAUGGAAAGUAAUUGAAAGCAACUUUCAGCCUCAGCAAAAACUUACGACAACCGUUUCACCGACAACUAAAUUGCCGGCAACAACAACACCAUUGCCUGAUAACAGUUACUACUACGAUAUGACAACUAUGUCCCCAGGACAAUUCCUGCAUAACUUUUUCUUUGGACACGAUUACUUUUACUACUAUCCCGAUUAUUACACAGCCACAGUCUCACCAACUCCUACUUUCGGAUAUUCCGGGAAAAAAAGAUCCACCUUUGUAAGUUCUACUGAAGAACCAGAAUAUGAAAGCGAGGAUAUGACUACCUCUUUGCCGACUAAAACCUCAUCAGGGGGAAGUGGAAUUGAAGCCGAAGACAUCACGACUACAGCAAAACCUAAUGUACCAGGAGCCAAAUUUACAACAACAACUGAAAGACCUGUCACAGAGGAAAUAGAAGCUGAAGAUAGAACAACUACGCCUUCAUCAGAAGGACAAAAGACACUGCAGGCAACGACAACACAGGCUACAGAACAAGAGGCGGAAAGCGCAACAACGAAAGCGCCUAAAACAAUCACCACGGUAAAAACCAAAAAUGUUAAGGGCAGUCUAAUUGGACAACAAAUCUUAGGAAGCAAAAAUACUCUGAAACAACAGCCUGCACAAAAACAAAAUGGAGGGUUUCGAAAACGAUUUCCUCCAAAAUAUCGCUUCGCAAAAACUGAAAGACAAUUUAGAUUCCCUGUGUUGAAAGAGACAAACGCAUUACCAAACAAGAUGAGGAGUCUACAAAAACAGAAGUCCUUGCAAAACAAAAUUUCACUAAAAGCGAAAGGGGUCUUUAAGUCUUUGGCAGUAAGGCCAAACAAGAAAACUUUGAAUAUGCGUGCAGCAGUUAUACCAAAACAGUAUUCUUUCACCAAGCAUAGGUCUACCAACACUGCUGUGUACAAAAAUGCAAAUCCGAUGACAGUAAACAAAACUUUUCAACAAAGACAAGGUGUGCCGAUUUUGAAAGGAAAAUGUCUAGAAUUUCGAAAAUGUCCGUCACAACUCCAGCCAGUGUGUGGGACGGACGGACUGUCGUAUCGCAACAGGUGCACACUCAAGAAAGUCGCUUGUUUAAGAGGCAGUUUCAAUAAGAUUGAAAUCAGCCAUACAGGCGUAUGUUGAUCUCGGAUAUCUUGUAGCGUGUAUAGGAUUUGAGGAGAAAAAACAAUGUUCCAUGGGACUCAUUUAGGUCUCUAUGCUACUUCAAUGAAACCAUACCAGUAUGAACGAAGAAUACAGCCUUGAGUUGCGGCUUUGGCGCCAAGAACGUACAUCACGAGGCCUGUGGCGAGUUACGCUGUCCUUAAGGACCAGACGUUUCUUCGUUGGGGACGGAACUGCUGUCUCGAAUUAUUUUGCUUGACAAAAACCUGCAUAAAGUAUGACCAUAUUGGUUGCCAUCCUUAGUUUGUGUAUGCGUGUUUCUUAUUUCUUUUUGUGAAUGUGCACAUAAUUUAUUUGGUUUUAUUUUAAUAAAACUUAUUUAUCCAA